GCUGGCCAACCGAAAAGUUGCCUUCGACCGUCGAACGGAUAGAAAUUAGAACCCAAAAUUUUCCAACGCCACGAAUACAUAUAGAACUUUAUCAUAUGUAUACUAGAUAUUUACUUUGGUUACGUUUCUUCUUUUCCGUAUCUGCCGAAGUUCAAUGUGCAAGUGAAGUAUUUUAACGGAAAUUGGGGCAUUAUUUUUUCUCGAACAUCCUUGGUUGAAAAGUGAAAGUCAAUUGAUAAUUGCGAAAUCUGCAAACUCGUGUGUGAUCGGCCCACACAAAUAUAGACAGCGAUUUUUGUUGGUAUUCUCCCCUGCUGGUAUUGGUGCCAUAUCAAUCUGUAGAUCGGUGGAUCGUUGGAUAUUUCGUUGGUUUUCUUUGUGCCGACAAAGAGUUUUUCCCUAGAAGCAAAGUCGCAUUAAAGUGAAUCGUAAAUCGUAAAACGCUCGCCAGGCGCAGGCCAUCCCCUUUGUAUCAGCCAAUCUGCAUUGGUAAACAGAUCAUCACAGCCGCAUACCACAGCCGCACCGUUCGUCUUUGUUCUGUUGGGGAAUAUGGGAAAUGCCGAGUCCACACAGUCUGCGGAUGAUACGCAGAUGCAGCUGCAGGGGCAGGCGCAGCAGUCUGCCGAUGACGAGCCCUGGUGGAACAACAUCGAGCACGAGGAUCUGAUUCUGGAACAGGCCCCCCCAGCGAUAACCGAACAGGAAGCCGAGGUGGUGCCCCCCAAUAAUAGAAAUAAAUAUCGUGCGAAUCAAGUCGCCACUGAAAUGGAGGACAAAGGAGAUGAGUCUCCUCCACGAGAGCAGACCCUCGAGGAGUUCAGGGAGGAGCUUCGCCAGAAAAAAGAGGCUCGCCAAAGUGCUGUGCAGGGUUUGAGGGAUGAAAUUGCCAGUCUAAAAGAGCAAUUGGCCAAAGAAAAAGCCGAUAAUCGACGUCUAAGGAAAGAUACAAUUGCAGAGGGUGAAGUCGAUACUCCGGGUGACCAUUCGGAUGAUACAAGUAAACAUGAUUCCGAUCCGGAUGAUGAGAAUCCCAGUGCCAGGAGUCGACAUGCCAAUAUCGAACUGGCCAAUGCCCAGCUGGCUCUGCAGCAGGCCCAGGCCGAGAACUUGUCAUUGCGUGGAGAGGUGGAGGUGGUCCAACGCCAGGUGGGAACCCUGAAGGAGGUCAUCUCCUGCUGCAAGCAGAUGCUCAGUGUCAAGGAGGAGCAGUGUGCUCAGCUCAAAAUGAAGCUGACGGAAAUCGAGAACUCCUUUAGUGAGCGCGAAAUGAAGAUCAUGUCGAAUAAUCUUCGCCAGGAGUACGAGCGCCAACUGGUGAACAUCCGCCAGCUGAGGCAACUUUAUGAGGAGCGACAGAGGGUGGCUGCUGCGGAGUACGAGAAUCUGCAGCGCCUAAUCUCGAUUAAGAAAGAUGAACUCACGGCCGAGCAGGAGAAAAACAAAAGCUUGGAGGAGCGCAAUCACGGCCUCCUCAAGGAGGUGGAGCUGGCCAAUGAGGAGCUGGCGAAGCUCCGGGAGGAGUGUAGCGAGCACAAGUACGAGAAGCGUCUGCUCAGCGAGCAAGUGGGUGCAGUUAACAUGCUCUUCAGUCAGCUCAUUAUGGGCUUCAACGGCAAGAGCAACAUGGACAUCGAUCGCGUCAAUCGAAUGCUGGAGGAGAACCGCCAUCUGCUCAACCAAAUGACCCAAGCGGAGGGAAACUGCAGCGACGGCGCCACUCUGCCCAAGUUGCUCUUCGACCUCGUGGAGCAAGCCACUGGUCACGGGGAUUCCGCCGAGGAAUCAGAUAAAAGUCGCAGUGCCACACCCACUCCCACAACCACUACCACAAUGGAGGACUCCACGGACGGCUGUCAACCGGGAGUGGCAGUGGAAAAUUCCGGAAAGGGGAGCUCGCACUCGGGCUCGAGCUCGGGUGUGGAUGCCACUGCGGCUUCGUUAAAAAGCCAUGAGCCCGAAAUUAUGGGAAAAGUUGCCUCGGCCCAAGAAAUUAUUGGCAACUUGCCAAAAGUUUGGAAAGUGUUGAUGGAGCUCUUGAGCCACCACAAAAUCGAGCGCGUGCAGUUGGAGGAGCUGCCAUCCUCCAGUGGCGCCCUUCCGUCCCCGUCCUCGUCCUUAUCCGCAUCCGCAUCCAACGCUGCUGGCAAGGACGAAGGCGAGUCCCACCGCAAGCCAGCGGAGCUUAGCGUCAGCAAAACCUACAUCAAACUAAAGGACCUCAUUCUGGAGAAGAAGUCGCUGGUUAAGGAGACAAACCGACUCAAAACCCUCAACAGCCAUCUGGACUACCGCCUUAACCAGCAGGAGAAGCGGUUGAGCGGUGUGAGCUUGGAGCUGACCAAAACGUGGCACCUGGUGGGCAAGAUGCAGCGCCAGCAUCGCCAGCUCCACACCCAGGAGCAGAUCCUGCGCUACCAGCUGCAGCAGAAGAGGCGUCUCUUGAGCGAACUCAAGGACGAGCUGGAGUACUGCCGCCGGAAGUGGGCCUUGGCCAGGGCCAAGAACGACGAGAGCCAGGAGCAGUGUGACGAGUGGCGAAGGGAGUUCGCCAGGAGGAAGCUGGAGGAUGCCAAUCACUCGGCAGAGAGCGGUUACAGCGAUUCGGGUCCCCAAUCGGAUGAGGAGCGGGAUCUGGGUGCCGUGGAUCCUGCCGAAGCACCCACUUCAUCGGUCACUUGUCGCCGGAAGCUUCUGAGGGAUCAAUUCGAGCACACGCGCAAGAUCAAGCGGAUGCAAAGCACGUCUCCUGGACGCCAGGGUUUCGAGGGCGAGGAAGUUGAGGCUGAAAAUAUCGUUCUUCGCUGGAACAGUGCUCCACCCACUUGCGGCUGGAGGGAGGAGGCUGCGUAUCCUUUGGGCGACGAAGGAGAAGAAGUUGCCGAGCAUGAGGAGGAUGGAGCCCGUGGUGUUCUUCCAAAGUCGCUGCACAGCUCCAGGAGCAGACAGAGAAGUGUGGAAGGGUCGAGUGAAGCGGCAGGCACUGCCAGUCGCAUCCAGAAGCUUGAGGAGCAGUGCAAGAAUCUAAUUCAGCAAGUCCUAGAAACCUCUGGGAAUCGGGAGCGCCUCGAGAUUCAGUUGUGCCAGUUCCAGGGCGACAUUGCUCCCGCCCAACAUGCUGUGCCCUUGGACGAAUUCAUUAACAGGAAGCGCGUGGAGCGAAUGACCAGGGCCAGUUCCGCUCCAGCCACCGGAUGCCUCACACCGCGGGAGGAGGAGUACACAAGGAAGCGAUCGGAGCGGCUGGGGCGCCUGGAGGAGGAGUCGCGCCAACUGAUGUCCAGGAUUAGGCGCACUGCCGAUCGAGGCCACUACCUUAAGAAAUCUCUGGACAGGAUUAGAAGAGCGCCGAGCAGAGAGGCGAGCUUCGAAAGUAACACAGAGGAGGAAGCAGUCCCGGCACCUAAAACUGAUUCCGCUCCAGCCACAUCUCCCCUCACCGCUGAGGAAGAGGAGUACACCUCCAGAAGAACAGCGAGGAUUCAGCGUAUGGAGCAAGAAAGUCGACAGCUAAUAUCACAGCUCUCUAGAAAUGCUGAGCGCGGUGAAAACUUAGCCACCAAGUUGGAUACCCUGCACGAGCAGCACGGCCCAAAUCCUCAGCAGGAUCAACCUCGCAGCUCUGCUAGCAUGUCGCACACAUUGGAGCAGCGAUUGGAGGACAUUGAAAGGGUGUCGGCCAAUAGAGCCGAGCGUCUCCGUCUUCUGGAGCUUCAAGGAAACGAACUGAUUGCCCGCUUGAGCUCCACCUCCGAAAGGGGCACAGCCAUGAUCAACAGGAUCGCGGAAAGAGAAGCCACUCGGCGUCAGGAAGCGGAAGUGGUGGAACAAACUGUGCCGUCCGAGGAGGCCACCACCUCCAAGGCCAGCACCAGGAUUGUCGUCCAGCCCGAGGAGGAAGGCGAGGGAGCAGCUUGUUGUGCAACAGUCACCACCACUGCUAGUCAGCUGGCACUGAAACUACAAUCCACGGGAGCCAUUCCCAAGACCACGACGGUGAGGAGCAAGCCACAAUCCCAGUUGUGCGCUGCCACGCGACAGGAUGAUGCGGCCAAGAAGCGAUCCUCUGCAAGGGAAGCUGUCCAGAAGGAAGCCCCCGAAACCCUUGAGGACAUGGUGCAGCGACUACGGGCACUGCCGUUUCCGGAACAAACUCUGGAGAAUGAGUCAGUGGAGUCGGAAAACAAGAGCACAGAGACUUCUAGUCAGAUAUCACAUUCUUUGACCGAAUGCCAAAAUCAGGAUGAUAUAUUGGACAUAGAAGGAAUGCCCCAAAACAAAGUUGAGGAUGAAAAUAGCGUAGGUCAGGAAUCCAGUCACCCGACUUCGGAGCAACCAGACGAGCAGAAACACUUGGAUAGCGAGCACUGAAAGAUGUUCAAUAGAUUUAACAACGACUUCAAUAGCCUGCUGAUAAAACUUCUAGGACCAGCGAAAACCACACAUGGCUAUUGGUAACUCAUGUAUUUUACCGCAAAUAAAUAUAUAUAUUUUGGUGUCCAUAUAA